AUGGGGAACUGCAAAUCGAAAGGAUCCCUUCCAGGUGUCGAAUCAUCUGCUGUGGCUCACAACAACAACAGCAGCAGCAGCAGCAACAACAACAAAUACUCGGAUCAUCAGCAGCAAGUGCAUAACAAGAAUGCAGUCGAGGAUCCCAUCGCAGUGAUCCGACGAAACGUUGUUGGAGGACUGCAAAAGAUAUCUACGCCAUUCGGAACCCGUCACAUAGUCUAUGCAGAUUACACAGCCUCAGGCAGAUACUUGAAGGUCAUGGAAGACUUCCUGACAACCAGAGUAUAUCCUUUCUACGCAAAUACCCACACGGAAGCCAGCGCCACAGGUGCCAUUACCACCCACUUGCGAGAAGAAGCUCGUCAGAUCAUAUCCAAGAGCCUCAAUGCACCUCCAGAAAAGUAUGCCACACUUUUUGUUGGGACAGGUUGCACUGGUGCGAUCGAAAAGAUGAUGAAGGUCCUUGGAAUUUAUCUUCCAGACCUUUCGGCCGCCAAAUGGCAGGAUUCAGACUCCAUGAUGCCAGACGAACAACGAUCAGUUGUCUUCAUCUGGCCCUUUGAACAUCACUCAAACAAACUCCCAUGGAGAGAAUCAAUUGCGACCGUUGUUGUCAUCCCGGAAGAUGAAGAUGGCUGUCCCGAUACCAAAGUCUUGGAAGCAAAAUUGUCCGAGUAUAAGGAUCGCCCCAUGAGGAUUGGCAGCUUCUGCGCUGGGUCAAAUGUCACUGAAAUUUGCAUUGACGCAAAGAAGUAUGCUCGUCUUCUUCCUAAGCACAAUGCUUUGGCUUUCUUCGACUUUGCAGGUAAUGGGGCAUAUGUUGAUAUCGACAUGGACGCUGAGAACGAAGAGGAGUCAAUGGAUGCAAUCUUCAUGUCGCCGCACAAGUUCAUCGGAGGCCCUGGAUGUAGUGGCCUAUUGGUUGCCAAGCGUUCCAUCUUUGAUUCCAGCAAAACCCCCACUUUUCCUGGUGGCGGUACUGUUCCAUUUGUGUCUACUUGGACCCAAGUGUAUGAAGCUUCCGCCGAAACAAGGGAAGAUGCUGGUACACCCGGUAUCAUUCAAGCCAUUCGUUGUGGAUUGGCGUUUCAAGUGAAAGAGUUGGUUGGGAGUCAAAGAAUUGAAGCCAUCGAAAGAGAGUACUGCAAGAUGGCAUUCUCAAAGCUUGAAAAUAGCGACAAAGUUGAACUCAUGGGGAGCGAUCGAGGGACAUAUUUCGAUGUGGACAGGCGUGUGACGAUCAUGUCAUUCAACAUUCGAUCACAUAUUCGAUCCAGCCUUAAACCAAUAGGGCUCAAUAGAGCGGCAUCUACUCCUAGAAUGUUGUUUCAUCCAAACUUUGUUGUGGCAAUCCUCAAUGAUGUAUAUGGUAUUCAAGCAAGAUCUGGUUGCAGUUUGCAGUGUGCGGGACCGUAUGCACAUCGAUUAUUCAAUGCGAGCUAUGAAUCAAGUGAAAGGGUUCGUUUUCUUGCUCAAAAGGGAUACGCUGCCUUCAAAUUUGGCUGGGCACGCGUCAACUUUAAUUAUUUCAUUUCACCCGAAGAAGUGGACUUUAUCUGCGAUGCAAUAGUGCAGAUUGCGGAGCAUGGCUGGAAGUUGCUCCCACUCUACGAUUUCGAUCUGAUGUCUGAUCUUUAUGUUCACCGUGAAAGCAGACAAUUGAACGGUCCUUCACUUGCUAGCUUUCGACUUUCUCCAACAGAAGGUACAUCAUUGGCAGUUGCAGAGGUUCACGACCCGCUUGAGGAUUUCAUUUCGUAUGAGAGAGUGCUCAAAGAUGCCGCAGGUAUCUACAGCGCAGCAGAGAAAGCCCUGAAAAGGAAUACGAAAAGCUAUGCAAGCUUUUCGCAGCUCAUUUCAACCGAAAUCAUUUCCCCCAACGACAUAUGGUGGGUGACAUCACACGACGUGUUGAAAAGCCUCAACCAAGGCAAUGUUCCUGUGCCAAUAAAGGUUUUAAGAGAUGGAUUGGUCAAUAAAAGUGUAACGAAGCAAGUCGAGGAGAGAAACGAGGAAGAUGCGCUCUCUUAA